AUGGGUCUUCAGCUUUGGGGCGCCUUCACGCCCGAGCAGCGACGCAACAUCGCUAUCUACACGCUCGGUAUCAUGUGCUACAAGUUUGCCCUUGAGUACUUCAACGGCUCCUUCAUCACCCAGGCCAACGAGCGUUUCGGUGCUCGUCGUUUUGAGAAGAUCGCCAUCUUGACCGGUACCAACUACGCCGCCCAGUGCAUUGGUUCCAUCAUUGUCGCUCCCUUGAUCAAGCGCUUCCCCACCCGCUCCGUCCUCGCCUGCGCCGUCCUCACCUUCGGUCUCAUCUCCACCAUCCCCCUCAUCGCCGACGCCGCCACUGGCGGUGUUCUCAAGUUCAAGACCGCCAACAACCGUACUCGCUACGGUACCUGGUCCCCCAACGGUCUCUUCCCCAUCUACGUCAUCUCGGGUAUCUCUUACGGUACCGUUGAGCUGAUCCGCCGUGUCAUCCCCCGUGACAUUGUUGGUGGUGAUGUCAACCGUCUCCGAAAGAUGGACGCCUUCGUCCACGUCAUGUACGAGGUCGCCGGUACCACCGGUGCCUUCACCUCGACCUCGCUCAUUGGCAAGUUCGGCUACAACUACUCUGCCUUCCUCUCGCCCGUCCUCUUCACCCUCGCUGCCUGCAUCUGGAUCUGGAUCUCGUCGCUCGGUGAGAGCCAGAAGUCCGAGGAGGAGUCGCGCCUUGCCCGCGUCGAGGUCGAGAACCGUGGUCUCGCCAUGUCGAUGCUCGACGGUGUCCGUGCUUUCGGCAAGGCCUUCUACUACGGUGCCUACCUCAUCUUCACCGACCGCCGAUUCAUCUGGCUCGUGCCCGGUUACGCCUUCGCCCUCUACGGUCACCGAUACCUCGAGAACGGUCUCGCCCCCAUCUACGCUCGUGGUGUUAUCGGUGUCUCGUCCUACUCGCAGAUCAUCGUCGGUGGUUCCAACUUCGGUGAGCUGCUCGGUGCUCUCUCGGUCAUGAUCUUCACCAACGCCGUCCCCUCGCCCAUGCCCUGGUUGCGCCUCGACGCUCUGCUGCUCAACCUCGUCUGGGUCAUGCCCUUCUUCCCCUACACUCGUGGUGCCGUCUCGUCCGCCUGGAAGCUGGCUGCCGUCUUCAUCCCCAUCUCGUUCGGUUGGGCUGCUGGUGACGUUUCGCUCGCUGCCUACAUCCAGUCCACCCUCGCCCGCAUGGAGGCCAAGGACAAGGACGUCUCCGCUCUGGGUGCCGUCAUGGCCUUCCUCUACGUCACCUACAUUGUCAUGUACUCCCUCAUCUCGACCUUCCUGGGUCGAUGGGUCGACCGACGUCUCCGUGGCCUCAGCGGCGUUGCUGCCAUCGAGCGUGCUCGUGACUCUCUCAAGUACGUCGGUGGUGUUCACUUCACCAUCCUUUCGAUCAUCAUCAUCGCUGCCACCUUCAUCCCCAAGGGCUCGCUCGCCUUCAACCCCAAGACGAUCGACCCCAGCCUGCUCAAGAACAGCGACGAGGAGAGCGACACCUCGAGCCAGGAGAUCAAGGAGGCCAAGUACCAGGAGCGCGACUCGUUCGCUCCCCAGGACAUCCAGGGCGACGCCGUCGGUGCUCUUGCUCAGAACACCGCCGCUCGUGUCCCCUCGCGCGUCUAA